GAUGCCUAGUGGCGAUAGAACCUGUUUCUGGUUUGUUUUGGUCCGUUUUAGGUAACAGUCAGCCAGCGUAACAUCCAAAACAGCUCUCGUUGUCUUCUCACAAUAAACAGGACUUUAUUUUGUUGAAAAGGGGGAGGAUGAUCACACCUCAAGUACAAUUGGCAUGGGCAAAGCAGAGCUUGACAGAAUAAAGCAUAUGGUUGGAAAGAUCAGCUAAUACACAACACUUCAUUGCCAUGUGGUUGAAAGUGUGUCUGCUGUUGGUUUAUCUACUUUUGCUUGCCUUUUUGGCACGACUCCUGCAGUUCACAUCAUGGCUUGGCGCAGAUAUUCUGGCAGGACAGUUCUUAGAUCCCUUCGCACUCAGUGUAAAGAAGCUGAAGAUCUUGCUGGAACAGCGAGGGAUAAGUUACAAGGGUGUCCUGGAAAAACACGAGCUUUACGACCUUGUCCAGGCAUCUGGGGAUAUCAUGGAAGGAGAAGUGGCACAGAGAGCAGAGUAUGAAGUGGCGCCAUCUAGUGAUACAUCGACUCCUAGCACUAGCUUCACUUGUGGAUCACACUUCUACGAAGAGGUUGAGGAUACAAAAGAUAGCAUGUGGGUUGUGCAGGUGGUAGGAGAAUCCUUGCCUCCGUUAGUGAGGAACUCGGAUUGGGCCCUGCUGGAACAGAAACUCUCCAAGUUUGGAAUUCGUACCGGAACCUUUCUUUGCGAUCAUGACAUAAUGUUAUGUGACAAUAAAGGAUGGUUCAAUUCUCGACUGGUGCUUGCAAAUCCCCAUGGCGACCAGGUGAAAACCAACGUCACACUGCACAGUUACUCUAGGACAAGCAAUCCAGAUACGAUCUUCACCUGGAUAAGCAGUCAUCUUUCUUCUCGGGUUUCAACUAUAUCUUCUCUGGAGGAACUGGAAAGGGACUGGCUGCAAGAGAAGGGUUAUCAACUUCAAGUGAUUCUAAUCUCGCAUCUGCAACAGCCGCCAAUAUUUCUAUCGGCGCUCAGCGUGAAGUUUCCCGGUCGCGUGAGGUUCGGUGCUUUCACGCCGGCAGUUGGUCAGCGACUCCCGGAUAACUUGGGCGUUGUCGGAGCCGUUAAACUGCCCGCGUACUUGGUCGUGAUGCACGACAGAAUCCUGCGCUACGGCAGUCGCCCGAGCGAGUUUCUGAGCUACGACAGCAUGUAUCUGUACCUCACUACCUUUUACCCCGAGGUGAACGGCCUAUUCUUGUGCAGUGUGGUGCUCGUUAACACCCUCGCUGUCUUAGAGGCGUUUCUCCUACGAGGAAAGGUGAUCACGCAUCUCGUGAGCUCGCUCUGGAAACUUGGGAAAUACAACAUCAUGUUGAUUUUCCUCUGGCUGCCUCUGCUGGCAGUGUUCCAGCUGCCUAGGAUGGAGAGCGUGUGCUAUUCGGCUCUGAGGUUUCUACAGCUGCUUAGCUCGUCCGAACUCGCGUGCUUUCUUCGUGGGACCACGUAUUUCUACGCAACGCACCCGCUGCUUGCCGCUGCGUGCUUCGUGGCCGUUGGGCUGGUCGGGUUCAUCGUAAACAGCGCGAUGGGGCAUGGCAGCACCGUCGAGGAACAAGAGUGGAACUGGACUUUCCCGGAUGUACCGUAUCUGUUCAGGCCCGUGUCCUCGUCGGUUAGUCGGCCAAUGAGGACCGAUAUCGAUCUAGAGGAGGGCAUCGCUCUCAUGAUAGAGCGACUGGCGAAUCCAACCUUCUGGCUGCAGCCGAUAGUACCGCAGGAUUACAUCCGUUGUUUGCCCUGCUGGUCUUAUAGGCAAUCCGGUCGCGAGAGCAAGUGUCCAGUUCACUGCACAGUACAGAAUGAAAGAAUCGAGUGGAGUCCCAUCUCCAAUACGGUGGCUUGCUUGGGAACGUUUAAGGAGGCUCUCAUUAAGGGUAUCUUGCCAAAUUUAUCAAAGUACGUGUUGCAAAGGUUCAGUAUUUUCAAAUGGUGCCAGCCAACAGAAAAUUCUCAGCAAGUUGGAAUUGCUAGGCCUGUUGCUGAGGUAGGCUGUGCAGGGGAGUUACCUAUUUCCCCAAGCGGCAUGGAUAAUCGUAUUCUGACCAGUCAAAUGGCUAGCCUAUCUGCUAGUGAGGCCCCAAAUACGGAAUGUAGCGGUCAUUCACAGGUAAAUGGGUCAGAACGAAAUCGAGACAGAAAUCUCUGCACUACGGGGUCUGAUACAGCGGGGGACGCUGGCACUGACUGCGGGGAUAGUUCGACAGAGAACAGCGACAGCGAAUCCAAGAUGGCGGCCGGGGAUUUGCGGUCGGAUGCGAAAGGCGAUUGCAACUGUGGGUGGAGCGAUUCCGGCCCCGACGACGCUGCCCCGGCCGGCGUGCUCGCCUCUGUAGAAUGCGCCAUCUGCUUGGAGCCGUAUGUGCGCGCGUGCGUGCUGUGCGCUCUACCGUGCGGCCACGGCUUUCACCAGCAGUGCAUCUUCGCGUGGCUGUCGCGCGAUAACCACUGCUGUCCGGUCUGUCGUUGGCCCGCAUACAAGUCGAAACCAAAGAGCACGUAAGACUCGUUAGCUAGCUUUUAAAAUAGAUGCGCCUCUGUGCUGCUGUGUUAAGUCUUGCAAAGUGCUUGUGUUAAGUUUCAUGAUCAUAGUAGGGGAAACAAUGCAGUGAAUACUGAUUUGAAACCGGGUUUUUUUUUUGCUAACCGGAUCUAAAAUGAUUGUUGCUCGAAAAAAUACAGGUCGUCUUGGACGAACAGAUUUUCGAUUAUUUUUGGCACUGAUGUGUGUAUAAAUGUAUAAAGGUAUCAGAUUGAUGAAGCCAGUCAUCUGUGAUCUAUCAUGUUUUCGGGGAAAUAUUGAAUAGUAUCAAGAGCACAUGAACUGUUUAGUUGAUAUAUAUGCGAUGGUUUAUGUGAUCUUGGUAGCAUAUUGUCACACGUUCUCAUAGGUAUAUUAUUAUUAUUAAAUCUUUAUUGCAUGUAAUUCAAAUACAAGUACAUGCAUGUACUGAGGACAGUCUUUUUCAUGGAGAAAAAAUCUGAUGAAUGCAAUAGUGUUCAGGGAGUAUGUCUAGGAGCAAUUGUUCGUUGAAGUGCAAGAUGCUAAUAGGUCUAAAAUCGUAAAUGGUCUGCCUGUCGCUUAGCAACAAGCCUCAAUCACCUCGUUCGGUUAGAGAUUUGAAAAAGUAGGUCAAAAAAUUCAAUUAAAAAAGCCCAAGCCAAGUCUAAGCUUUAAAAAAAUAGAGAGUGAGGGUUUUGACACUUAUUUAGCAGAUGUAUAUCAAGAUAGGCAAAUUUUAUGAGGGCAGGCAACAUAUGAACAUUGUAUAGCUAUUAUAUGUAGUGUUACAUUACAUUUGAAUAAUUUGUGAUUUCCAGUUGGAACUGGUAUUUGUCGUGGUAGUCACCUGUAAUGUUAUUGGCGUAGGCCAACAGUAAUGGGCGUUACUAGGAUUUAAUCUAAUCCUUGUUGUUAUUAAAGAGAUAGCGUUUCUGUAAAAGGAAGAGGAAGAGGCAGUGCAUUUACAUUGGUCUAUAGUAGUGAAAAAAUUUAAUUUUUGAAAUGUUGCUGUGAUUAUGUAUAAACAUAUAGUUAUGACAAAAAUAUAAGAACAAUAUAAUAUGAAUGGCUCAUUUGAAAAUUCUAAAUUUUUAUUUCUUCAAAAUAUAACCUUACUGAACUUUUUUCUAGAUUAUUUGUUUACUUGCAAAAUCAUUUUAGAUUCUAAUGAUAUGCUCUAUACUCCAUGAUCAUUGAACAAAAUUGGGAGAUUUUUGUAUUGCUUCGUUUAAAAUUAUUAUUUUUAUUAUCUUGAGCAUAGAUUUUAAAAUGUGAACUGGUAGGUUUUUUAAUAGACAAACGUCAUCAAUAACAUUAAAAAGCUAUGUGAAGUUCUCAAGUAGGUUUAGCUCGUACAGUGUUCUAUCUUUUAACAAAUUCUACAUUUUGUACGUAGUUGUGAACUGUGAAAAUAAUGCAUAAAUGAUAGUCUGUUACAGUAAACAUCAAAUUUUGAUGUAGGAGUGUGCAAUUUGAGGUUCCGUUCUACAUCCGAGCCGUAUCGUUGCUUAGCGGAUUCAGCUUUACGAAAGAGCCACCGUCACAUGAGAAUAUAUCUUUCAAGAAUCUUACAAGUGGCUUCGUCUAUGUUAUCAAUUAGCACUAUCCAUUAUUAGGCGCUACUGUUCUCUGAAACUCUAUAUGAGCUUAUCUGACAGGAUCACGUGAAUGUCAUAAUAUUUCCAUUUGUCUGUGUGCGAAUCACCAUAGCAAUUAGCAUACAUCUAAACAAUUUCGUCUACAGUAUUAAUAUAUGGCAUGUAAGCAACUUGGGGCGAAAUAAUUUCAAAAUCGGUAAAAUACCGGCUGGUGGAAAUGGCAAAUCAAGCUGCGAGCAUCGUGCAAUUAUAAUUUUGGCUUCCUCUGUCCUAUAGUAUUCAUUAUAUUUUGCGUUACUAGUGUCUGGAUAGUUUACUGUGUGGAUGUCAUUAAACAUGGUUAGGUUUGGCCAUAGAUAUA